AUGUGGGGUUGCACCCAUGGACAGAGCAGCAAGCCUACGACGCAGUCGGUAGAAAAGCAGUCGUUCGAGCCGAAAAAUGGGACCAAGAGGAAACGAGCCGGCCCACCAAACAGUAUAGAAGACAAGAGAGAUGAACAGCCCGUGAAACUCAAAACUUCGAAUGAUGCAGCAGCCACAACACCUAGGAACACGAGUAGCUCCAAAGCCCCCAAGGAUGGCACUCAAACUUCAAAUGGACUAUCCGAGAAACCCCUCAAACGUCAAAAGCCGGAAUCGUCACCUCAAGCACCUAGAUCAAGCCAUGGAGCGAGCCAGCCGAGCCAGCCAAGCAACAAAACCUCUCGCCACCGUCAGCACUCUGAUCGCGGCCAAAGCUUGCCGCCUCAUUUGUUAAGAAAGCGCGAUGAACUGUUACCCGUUCGCAAAGCCCUCCCAAUCUGGCCACAGGCGAGCGCUAUCAAGGCAGCACUAAAAAAGAACAACAUCCUGGUGCUAACCGGAGAGACGGGUUCUGGAAAAUCGACACAAGUGCCCCAAUUCUUAAUGAACGAGCCCUGGUGUACGAAAUGUAUCGCCAUAACCCAGCCGCGAAGGGUUGCGGCGAUUUCCUUGGCACGCCGAGUGGCGGAAGAGAUGGGCAGCUUUAUGGGUAGUCAAAGUCCUGUGGCCAAGGUUGGCUACAGCGUGCGUUUCGACAAUGCAACGGGACCGAACACGAAAGUCAAGUUCCUGACCGAGGGUAUGCUGCUCCAGGAGAUGCUCAGAGACCCGAUUAUGUCACAGUAUAGCGCGGUCGUGGUGGAUGAGGUGCACGAAAGAAGCGUUAAUGUUGACCUGAUCCUUGGAUUUCUGCGAAACCUGGUCUCCGGGGUAGAAACUGGAGGGAAAAGCACUCGAACCCACCCUCUCAGGGUGAUUGUUAUGAGCGCAACUGCUGAUGUGGAGAGCCUUGUGACUUUCUUUGAAGAUGGUCAGACUUCCUCAAAACAAGAGCAGGGCGCCAAGAACCCAAUUGCCCAAAAAGGAGGAGCACAGACGCAAGAAGGUGGUGCUAUGCAAGUGAAGCCUGGUCGCAUAUCAACCUGUUUCGUGGAAGGUCGGCAAUAUCCUGUCAAGACGGUCUAUCUUCCUCAGCCGACACAAGAUUGGGUCGAAUCAGCACUGAAGAUCAUAUUCCAAAUACACUACAAAGAGCCUCUCCCUGGCGAUAUCCUCGUUUUCCUGACGGGGCAGGACACCAUCGAGGGACUCGAGAAGUUAGUCAACGAUUAUGCGGAAGGCAUGGAUAAAGACGUACCAAAGCUUCUCGCACUCCCGUUGUUUGCGGCGCUUCCUCAACAUGCGCAGCAGCGCAUAUUUCAGUCGACACCUUUUCGUACGCGGAAGGUGAUUCUUGCCACCAACAUUGCGGAAACCUCAGUCACUGUGCCCGGCGUACGGUUUGUGGUUGACUGCGGCAAGUCCAAAAUCAAGCAGUUUCGUAACCGCCUAGGCCUAGAAUCAUUGCUUGUGAAGCCCAUCUCAAAGUCUGCAGCUAUACAGCGCAAGGGCCGAGCCGGUCGUGAGGCGCCAGGCCAGUGCUACCGUCUAUACACCGAAGACGGUUACAAUACCAUGGAGGAGCGAACAAUCCCCGAGAUACUGCGUUGCGACCUUUCUCAAUCGAUAUUGACGAUGAAAGCGCGCGGCGUGGACGACGUGCUCAAUUUUCCAUUCCUAGACCGACCACCAAGGGAGGCUAUGGAAAAAGCAUUAUUACAACUCCUGCACUUACAGGCACUCACAGAUACUGGCACCAUCAGCGACCAGGGCCUGAAAAUCGCCAAAUUCCCACUCACGCCUACACUCGGUAGAGUGCUAGUAGAAGCAGCAAAGCCUGAACGCGAUUGCUUGCUAGACGCUAUCGAUAUCAUCUCAGCGCUCAGCGUGGAGAAUGUCUUCCUGAACUUAGUGACUGAAGAGCGCAAGGAGGAAGCGGAAGAAGCGAGGCGCGAACUCUACCGCCGAGAGGGCGACCACCUAACACUGCUUGUUACAGUGCAACGUUAUGCUGAAGAACGAACGGAUCGCAAGGUUUGGUGCGAGAAGCAUUUUGUCUCGCAUCGAGCUAUGCAGAAUGUUAUGAAUAUCAGGAAACAGCUACAGCAGCAGUGUAUGCAACUCAAGCUCCUGUCGAAGGACGACACUCAGUCCGACUCGGCUCCGUCGGAGGCUAGGAGUCAGGCGAUACUGGAGUGUAUGCUACGUGGCUUCAUUCACAACACUGCGCGUAUGAUGCCUGACGGCAGCUACAAGACACUGAUUGGGAAUCAGACGGUAGCGAUUCAUCCAAGCUCGGUGCUGUUCGGACGAAAGGUGGAGGCGAUUGUGUUCAACGAGUUUCUGUUUACUGGUAAGGCAUGGGCGAGAGGUGUCAGUGCUGUGCAAUUGGACUGGGUUUCAGAGGUGGUGGAGGCCAUCAUGUAG